CUGCAAAUAUAACAGUAAUAAGAAGUGUAGCAGACCGUUUUGAUAUGCCAAUCGCUACGGUGCAUCUUAUUAUUAAAAGAGUUACAAAUUUCUUAGUAGAUUUGACUCCUACAGUAAUUAGAUUUCCUGCAACGGAUCAAGAACGUGAAGAUAACGCUCAAGAAUUUCGACAAAUAUGUGGAAUUGAUGGAAUUGUGGGAUGUAUAGAUGGCACGUAUAUUCCGAUUAGAACACCUGCGAAAAAAAUUCGUCAUACUUAUGUAAAUAGACACGACGAAACUGCACUUACUUUGCAAGGCAUAUGUGAUGCGCAAAAAAGAUUUAUAGAUUGUUUUACUGGAGUUUCUGGUAAACUGCAUGAUGCUCGUGUGUAUGAUAUAUCUUUUGUUCAAGAAAAAGUGUCCGCAAUGGGUGAUUAUUAUCACAUUAUUGGAGAUUUAGCUUAUCCAAUAUCUAUAAAUCUUUUGACACCAUACAAUGGACAAGUGACACCAGUGCAAGCUAAUUUUAAUAAACAUUUUUGUAGAGCACGAAUUAAAAUUGAAAACGCGUUUGGAUUAUUGAAGAACAGAUUCCGACAAUUGACAAGACUCGAUAUGUGGUCUGUAAUGUUAAUGGCUAAAUUCAUUAUAGCUUGCUGCGUAUUACAUAAUUUAUGUAUAAAUGAAAAUGAUACGCUCGACUACUUAGACUAUGAAGAACUUCCAUUUCCAACUCAGCAAUGUGUUUACAGUAAUAAUAGAAUAAGAAUGUUAGGACAGUUAAAACGUGAUCGCAUAGCGCUUGAUUUGAUUUAAAAUUUUAUUUAUGGACCUAUAAAUAAAAUGUUAUAUUGAUAUAAAUUUUAUUAAAUAUAUUUUUAAUUGAUACAUAUUUAUAUAAACAUAAAAUUAAACAUAAAGCAGUCUUGAUAGUAUCUUUUGUAUGACUAAAAUAUUUUUUUAACUAAAAACUACAUUUAUGAAAUAAUACAUUAAUAUCACAUUGUUUGAU